GUAUUUUUAAAAUGAAAAAAGAACGAAAUGGAUGUGUUUAACUUGCUCAUUGGCAUUUAGUAUAUGUAUAUGGAAAAUACCGCCGACUUUAAACUACUUUAAGCGUUUAAGCGCAACAAAAUCAACAUUUAAGUAACGUUUAUCACUUUGAUAACAUCUACUUUUUUAACACUCCUCAUUUUAAUUCUUCUUGUUUUAUUUGUAUUUCUUUUAAACAGAUAGAAUAAGACAGGAUCUUUAAUUUUAGCACAGGAAAAUGGCGCAUGGAGCCGCCGGAAGUGGGUAUGGAGCUAGCGGAAGUGACGACUGUACGGAAGACGAUACAGCUCGCACGGCAAAAGCGGUGUACGAAAUGCUGCUGCCAGCUCUUGAAAAUCUAAACAAAAGGUUUGACGUUCUGACCUAUGAUAGGGACAAGUUAAUACAGGACAUAGAAGAAAAGGAAGCAGAGAUUGAAAGUAAAGAAUUUGAGCUGCGACAAGUUAGGGAACAAAUAAGGAUUAUUGCGGCUAACAAUUUGGCGACUAAGAGAGAAAAAGAAUCGAAGAUAAAAAAAUUGGAAAGUGAACUGCAGAAAUUGCGGGUAGAGUUGGAUAUAUCUCAAAAGAACCUGCAACGCAAGGAAGAUGAACUUACAGCUGAAAGAAGGAAAGGAGAAAAGAAAGAUAAAAAGGAUGAUAACAUUAAAGACCUCGAAAAGCAGUUGGAAACGGCAACAGCGGACAAAAAAGCUGCACACAAAGAACUUGACGAAGCAAAGGCGGCGUAUCAACGAAAGAAAUGUGAAAAGUAUAUUAAGGAAUUCAAGAUAAAAAACCGGAAAUGAUGGUUUAUAUUCUCGUAACGAUAGUGACUUACAGUUUUGUUUCAUUAUUUGUUGUUAAAAUAUUUGAAUGAUUUUAUAUACAGUUAUUGUGUUUAUAUCUUUUGAGACCAUGGUCUAUUUAGUCAUAUUAUAUGAACAAACAAUGAAUAUCUUAACUUUCAAAUACUGCUAUAAAAGUAUGAUAUCAUAUGUUAUCUGAGGUUAAUAUCUUAUAUUAAAUGAUUUUCAGUAUAA